AUGAAGACGGGCACCUUUACAGGUUUUGAUCUGGACAUUCGCGAACCGGGUAUCGCCUGGUUUCAGUUUAACUCACCCGAGCGCCUGAACGGCAUGACAACCGGCAUCAAGCGCGACCUGAUCGAAGCGGUGACCCAGGCACAGAUGGACAACAACGUUCGGGUGCUUGUUUUCACGGGCACCGGCAGGGCAUUCUGCGCCGGCGACGACCUUAAAGCCUAUGGCGGUGUGGAUUUAGGUGGCGAAGCGCUGGUGGACCCCAUCCCCGGCGGCCAUGACAACGCACUGGGUACAUACAAUGGCUUACGCACUAUCUCUCAGGCACUGAAUACAGCGGUCAGAAACAUCGACAAGCUGACCAUCUGCGCGCUCAACGGCAUCGCCAUCCAAACCGGCUUUUCCCUGGCUCUGAGCUGUGACUUUCGUAUCGCGGCGGAUACCGCACGCAUGGGCAGCGCAACGUUGCGAUUUGGCCUGUUACCGGAUGAAGGAGGACAGCACUUGCUGGUACAGACGCUCGGGGUAGCAAAAACCCUGGACUUCAUCAUGCGCAAAAGAAUCAUAGAUGCCGCCGAGGCCCAUGAUCUGGGCCUGGUCCAUGAAGUGGUUGCAGCCAAAGACCUGGAGCAUCACACCAUGGCUCUGGCAAAAGAGCUGGCAGAAGGUCCGCAAGUAGCCAUGCGCUUAUUAAAACGCUCCAUCUACAACGCCGCGGAAUUAAGCUGGCCAGCGGCACUGGAUGAAAUUGCCGCUAAAACCGCCAUCACCGAUCACCAUCCGGAUGCAGCAGAAGGUGUGAAAGCUUUCAAUCAGAAGCGCACCCCUGAAUUUAAUGCCUGCAGCGCAAAUGAUAUUGCGUUGAUUACCAUCAAUCGCCCUGAUCGCAUGAACGCCCUUAACGAAGAGGUUAUCGUCGGCCUGCAACAAGCCUGGCAACGGUUUGAGGAUUCCACCGACAGGGUUGCAGUAUUACAUGCUGCAGGGGAUCGGGCUUUUUCAGUAGGUGCAGAUGUCAAAAAUCCGCCUAAAGAGAUGUGGCAGGGUGUCCCGAGUGUGGGCGCCAUCAACAACAAGCCUAUCAUUGCCGCGGUCCAUGGCUGGUGCAUCGGGGGCGCUUACUGCAUUGUGCAGAUGUGUGACCUGGUGGUCGCCUCGGAAACUACCGUCUUCAAGUAUCCCGAAGCACAGCUGGGGUUUACCGGCGGUUUAAUUGCCAGCGCCGUGGCCAGAAUUCCACACAAAGUGGCCAUGGAAUUCAUGACCCUGGGUGAAGAUUUUGAUGCGCCGCGUGCGCAGGCUGUCGGCAUGGUCAACAAGGUGGUCCCUGCUGGUACGGAGCUGGCCGAAGCUUUAGCCUGGGCUGAGGUACUGGCUAAAUCUGCACCGCUAGUAUUGCAAACCGUUAAACAGUUUUCGCUGGCCACGUUGAACAAAAGCCCCGCAGAAGCCGCCGCCAUUGCACGCGACCAGCUGUUAACUGUGCGCAGCAGUGAAGAUGGUCAGGAAGGCGGACACGGUGAAUACAUCGACAUUGCGCCUAAGUCGGCGGAACAGAUUCAACUGGUGCUCGAUACACUCGACGAAACCAUCAACAAUGAAGUCGAAGGGCUGCCGCCCAUAGUGAUGAUGUUGCAUGGUGACGAAGCCCACCGCUUUCUCCGGCGUAACUACGCUGACAACAAAGCCAUGAUCGACCAGAGUGCAAAACUUGCCGCCUACAACGUGGUUAAAGUACAGAUCUGCGCCACCUGGUUGAAAUCGAACAACUACGAUAACAGCGACCUGUUCCCGUUUGUUUCUCCAGUGCCCUACGGCGCGGCAGAACUGGAACGCCUGGCCAGCGAAGAGGGUUACACUGAAUACAGCGUCAACCUUUAA